AUGGCGACUAGUGGGGUGGAUGAUCUGGUGGUUCAACUGAACCAAACACUGGAGUUAUCAAAUAUGGAGCAGGGUGUUAAAUUGGUUGGGAAAGUCUUCACGCAAAAACCAGUGAACAAAUGGGGAGUCAGGAAUAUUCUUAGAGCGGCUUGGAAAGAAUUGGGUGAGGUGGAAAUAAAAUGGGUAAGGGAGAAUGUAUUUAUUAUUUCGGUCAAAGAUGAAGAUGUGGCUUCAAAGAUCAUUGAGCAGGUCCCCUGGGCAGUGAUGAAAAAGGUGUUCUCGGUCGUGAAAUGGCCUCCGGAGCUCGCCUUAGAGGAGUUGGAGUUGAAUGUUGUUCCAUUUUGGACUCAAAUAAGGGGAAUGCCACUGGGCUUAGCCUCUGUUGAGAAUGUUCAGCGUGUAAUCAAAGAGGCAGGGGAAUUUAUAGCCAUGGAGGAUUCUGGACACGCUCGUGGAUUUGUGCGGGUACGAAUCUUAGUUGAUACGGGAAAGCCCUUAUUUAAGGGAUGUUGGAUUCGAAGGGAGCCAAAUAAGGAAACCUGGGUGGAAUUUCGGUAUGAACGGCUUCAAGAUUUCUGCUACAAGUGUGGACGGAUUGGGCAUAUCAAUACAGAAUGCUCUGCUGAGAUGUCCGGAGAAGGGGAGGUAGCGUAUGGAGAGUGGAUUAAGGCGCCGCCGAUAAGAGAUGUGGUGAUACCAAAGAAAGUGGAGUGUGUGGGCAGGGGGGAACGUCGGCAGGCCGGGGCGGUGCGCGGACCUGGCAUCAUGUCUGCACAGAAUCAAGGUAGCUUAAGGAUGUCAAACUUACAAAGAAUGGAGAGUAAUCAAACCAUUGAGAUUGGGGGAGCAUCUAAGAGUCGUGGCACAGGCCAAAAAAAAUGGCGUAGAAGAAUGCGGGGGGAGGGAGAGGAUUCGUCUUCCUGCUCUGAAAUGGAAAGCAUCAAAACAGUGGGUGAAGGACAAUCGGGCGAUGUUCAGGGGGGCAAUGACAUUCUGUCUGCCCAGGGUGAGGUCCCACUCUGGGGCAAUAAAAGAAGUGGGGAAGCACAGGAUCUGGUGCUCACUCAAGCCCCACAGAAGAAACUCAAGGGCCCGGUUACGGAGGAGAACUGCCAAGGUAGGGAGGCAGAGAUAGAAAGGAGGUUAAACAGCAAGGAUGGUGGGCUAACGAUGGAAAGCGCGAACCGUGCGGCGGAGGAAAAUAAGGAAGAAAUAAGUGAAAAUACGGGAAGACAGGAUGCAAUGGAAGGAGGGUUGGACCUUGAUAAAAGUAGGAUGGGGACACGGAAGGCGGGCAAGUGGGCUCGGGGCGGUGGCGGCUGGCCUUCAACAGCCGCAGGCCAGCCAUGA